CAAAAAAGGUAGCUUCCAUUGAAGAAUUCUCUGGACUCGUCCACAGGCUGCAAUUCACUCCUCCCAUCUACUCUAAAAAUUCACUCUUUCUUCUUUCGUUUUACCUCUAAUUGCCUCCCAUCUCCUCAAUCUUCUGUACUUAAAAUUCUCCAUCUUUUUUAAAUUUUUUAUUCUAAAUAAUAACAAUUAUAUCAAACACAAACAAAAAAGAAAGUUAUUAUCCCUUUGAAACCCUAGAUUUUCAUCUCAACAACACCUAAAACCCUAGCCAAGAUUCAAACUUGCAAUUAAUCAACAUAAAUUAGGGUUUUCGAUUUCAAUUUAAUUUCAGUUUCAUCAAAUUUGUGAUUAGCAAUGUCGACAGCGUCGUAUGGUCGUAGUAGAAGCGGAGACAGAUUCUACUGUCCUCCACAAGUUCGUCGCCAAAAUCAGCUGCGAAAACAAGAACUUCUUGUACAGAAGCAAAAAUUAGAGGAAAAAGAUGAGAUUAGGAGACAAAAGCAACCUAAUCAGCAGCUAAAUCAUCAUCAAUUGCGACGGAAUAAGUCGCUGGCGAAUGAUACGGUGGUGCAGCAGGAGCAAAGGACGUCGACGAAGAGUACUUCGUCGUCGGAAAAUCGGGUGGAAUCUGAUGAUUGUGCUUCUUCCACGGCAACCACAACUACCACGAACACGACUGCUACUACAACUACUACGUUCACACCUGCUGCUUCUGUUUCAUCGCAUUUGACGAAUUUGGAUCGGUUUUUGGAGUUUACUACUCCUUCAGUUCCGGUUCAGUACUUUGCUAAGUCGAGUUUGAAGGGUUGGCGAAAUCAAGAAGAGUUUCAACGGUACUUUGUGCUUGGUGAUCUUUGGGAGUCCUUUAAAGAGUGGAGUGCGUACGGGGCAGGAGUACCCCUUUUGUUAAAUGGGAUUGACUCUGUUGUGCAAUACUAUGUUCCGUAUUUGUCUGGGAUUCAGUUGUACACAGACCCGUCAAAGCCUUCUCUAAGAACCAGAAUGCCCGGUGAGGAGAGUGAUGAGUCAUCUAGAGAAACCUGUAGUGAUGGCAGCAGUGAUUGUGAGACAGGUUUUUCAGAGUCUACACUACAGGGUAUGAAAGGACUUUCUCUAAGAUAUAAGCCUUUCAAUGGUUCAUCUAGUGAUGAAGGGGAUUUUUCUAGUUCUCCUGGUGUUCUUAUCUUCGAGUAUUUUGAGCAUGCCCCUCCAUUUAGCCGGGAACCAUUGGCUGACAAGAUAUCACUUCUUGCAUCACAAUACCCGGGACUAAAAACUUAUAGGAGCUGCGAUUUGACACCAUCAAGUUGGAUUUCUGUUGCAUGGUAUCCGAUAUAUAGAAUUCCUACUGGUCCAACCCUGCAGAACUUGGAUUCCUGCUUUUUGACGUUUCACUCCCUCUCAACACCUCUUUGUGGUGGAUAUCCAAGGGAGAUUCCGAAUGGCUUCCAUAUGGUUCCUAAAAUGCCCUUGCCAAUAUUCGGGAUGGCCUCGUAUAAGUUCAAAAUCUCUGUUUGGGAUCAAAAUGGAGAAGAAAGUCAAAAGGCCAAUUCCCUUUUGCAAGCUGCUGACGAGUGGCUUAGGGUCCUAAACGUAAAUCAUCCUGAUUACAGGUUCUUUAUCUCUCGUAACUUCAACUGUCGAUGAAAAGGCUGAACUAAUGAUACACGAAUCGAGGGACGACAAGAGUCGUAGCUGACUCCCCAUAGCUCUAGCUGGCUAUACGUAUUAAAAAAUUGUUGGCUGAGCAUUGCAGAAUCCCCCUCGCCCUUCUAUUCCUCAAUCUGCAUCUUUGAUUUUGCCAUUAUGUGUAUUUAGAGAGAGAAAUUUUUGAAAAAUCAGCGUUUGGUGACUUGCAAGCAGGAAGGAUGGAAGUUUUAUACUGUGUAAUUUUUUAAAUAACUCGCUGUACCAAAAACUUUCUGAUCUGAUACAGUUCGAGGACGGGAUUCUUGAAAAUUUGUAGGCUUUUGAAAGCUCCCUUGGGCCAAUGUAUAACUACUUUGCCAUCUUAACGUUAAAACAUGUACUAUCUUAGAUAUUGUAUGAGCAAGGUUUCUUGUAUAAAUUAUAUGCUUUUCUCGGAAUUGGAUUCUACAAGUUUUUGAGA